AUGAUUGUUGCAGAAGUGGACUCACAAAUGAAGGAAAUGAUGAAGAUAAUAGGAGAAGAUGGUGAUUCUUUCGCACAAAGAGCCGAGAUGUACUUCGAGAAGAGGCCCCAACCCAAGUCUAUGAAGAAUACAGCCAAGUCUACGAAGACCUCUAAUGAAUCUAGAUUAGACCCUGAAUCCAUGGUAGAAGAUCCUGAGAUCAAAGAGAACGAAUUGAGUAAUGAGAAUGGUGAGUAUUUGUAUGAUUCGAAGAAAGAGGUUGAGGAUCUGGUGCUUGAAGAGAUCAAUCUAUGCACUCAAUUCCCAAAUGCAUACGAUCCAAAGAAAGAGAGAACCCACUCCACAUACGGUUUAAAUGGAGAGAAUGGUGACUCUGAUAAUGAUCCAAAGAGGGGGGCUGGUGACUCUGCAUGUGACGUGAAGAGAGACACAGUAAAACUUACAAAUAAUUUGGAAGUGAGAACAUAG